AAAUAAAAGCGUUGAUUGAAAAGAGAGAAAUACGAUAUACACUUUUCUUGCCAAUCAAUGUUUAUGUGCAGAGAAAAAAGAGAAGGAGAGUAGCACAUGGCUCCUUAUCGCACAUUCUUCAUUAAUUGUUUAACUUCACGCUAGAGAGCGAACACUGUUACGUCAUUGGUCGAUCUUAUUUAAUAACGACUUGUCAUUUCUGCUUUUAUCUCACAUUUUUCUCUCUUUCUUUCAUGUUUUGAUUUGAUUUGAGUCAAUUCUGUCACUUUUUAUUCUCUCGCUUUUACUUCCGUCUCUUUUUCUCUCAUGUUCCAACUCGAUUCGGAAUCAGCAAUUUAAAUACGCUUAGUAGCGUUUUCGAUUUGCUGAUUUGACUCGAUGCGAAUCAACUCUGUCUUUUUUUCUCUUAUGAUUUCUCCGAUUUUACUCGCAAUUAGCAAAUCGAUCAUGUAAGAUACCUCGUCGAUGUUCAUAUAAAACGCACUUAAUGUCGAGCGGGUUUUUUUGAACAUCCAGUUUGUUAUUGUUCAUAUCCUUGAUUAGCAUAGUUUUUGAAUCUCGUUCGUUGAUAUUACAGUAAGAGAUUCGGUCUUUCAGAAGAGAAUCGAUUUUAAUAAAACAUGAAUCAAGUACAAAGCCCUCAAUCAGUUGCUGAUGACGAGACGCAACAAUCGGAUGAAUUCUCUUACAAUAGCAAUAAUGAGGAUAUUCCAGAAUAUAUGGAGAAAAUUGCAGUGGAUGCUAUUGUAACACCGAUGACAGAAUUGAUUGAUGAGGAAUUGGAUUGGGAAACGGACAGCAAUAGUGUAAUAUUGGAGGAAAUUUAUUGCAAAUGGUGCAAAAACUAUACUAAUAAAUUCUACGAACAUUUCAACAUAAAGUUUGAUAUGGAAAAUGGUUAUAUAUGUACUUGCGAAAAUUUAGAUAAUCCUUCUAAUCAGCUUGAUAUUGAUACAUUAAAUUAUAUAGACAAAUUGGCAAUGCGUAUUAUUCAGGCACAUAAAAACGAUUUGUUGGAAAUAUUAGAAUCUGAGCUUAAUCGUUUAUUAAUUUUGAGCAACAAACAAUCUGUGGCAUUGUACCUUAUACGAUAUGAUGUCUUGGAACAUAUAAUGGAUUCACUGAAAAAUAGAUCACAAUAUAUUAUUUCGUAUUGAUAAAAACAGUGAUUAAGUUAGUUAAAGAUAUGUCUGAGAUAACAUAUAAGGAAACCAAUUUCUUGGAACAAAUAUUUAAGAUGUACGACUUAAUUUCCGCAUUGACGACAUCUUGCUUACAGAUAAUAAAAUGCGAUAAAAAAAGUAUUUUUAAAAAAGAUUUAGAGUUUAUCGCUAAUUGGCUAUCAAUAAUGAUUACUAUAAAAAAAACAUUAGUUACUACAUUUAAAGAGAAUCAGGAAAAAGAGAAAUAUAAUAUAUUGAAGAUUCUGUUUGUCAUAUUGAAACCGUAUCAACGAACAGGUAGUCUUUCUUUAGAAUCAGAAAUCAAACAAAAUAUUGAUGUGAUUUUUAAAAGUAUAUAUUUAUUAUCGUAUUUUCGUCGCCAAUUUUAUAUCCCAAUGAUAAUGGAUCAUAUUUUGAUAAAAAUAAUGUUGAAUUUAAAAACAGUUACAGAUACAAAAAAA